AUGACUAUUGAUUCUACUAACCUGAAACAUGAUACGGGGAUUAUGGAGAAAAAUGUGGGAACAUUUGCUCAAGAGGAAGAUUUAAAGAGUGUUGUUUCAAGACAUACAGCCGAAUACGAUUUAUUUGUUGCUAAAUCCAAUCCAUCAGCAAUCAUUCAAACUGAUGGCCAUCAGUUGAGAAAGGCUUUGGAUUCAAGACAUGUUAGUAUGAUUGCUCUUGGUGGAGCUUUAGGUACUGGUUUAUUGAUUGGUACCGGUAGUGCUUUGAAAACAGCAGGUCCUGGGGCUAUAUUGGUAGCCUACGGUGUCAUUGGGUUAGUGGUCUACAUAGUGAUGUCCGCUUUGGGAGAAAUUGCCUGUUGGGUACCAAUGAAUGGAUUUGCCAACUACGGUAAGAGAUAUUGUGAUGAAGCGCUCGGUUUCGCUUGUGGAUACACUUAUUUG